UCUUCAUUUCCUCAUUUUUUACAUACAAAAACAUUGAAUUUUGUGUUUCCCUUAUUGGGAUUCAAAAUGUUAUGUAUUGUGUCUGUUUAUGUUCUCGUUUUGAGUUUUAACAUGUUAUAAUUUGAAGUUUUGAACUGCUUUUCCUGUUUAUUGAACUGGAAGACUGGCUUGUUUUUGAUCCGUAAAUAAAUAUUGUCGAGAGAAACAUACGGAAAUCGGUAGUGGAUUUCACAGCUGCAGAAUUUUCUACUCUCAUGGCAACCAAUUUUGAAUCUGUUUUCCAUAUUUCUCAACUUGCUUAUCCACCUCUCAAAGCAUCAGGAGUGGGAAGCAUUGUAUUCACCUCCUCUGUAUCGAGUUUUGUUUCACUGAAGUCUAUGUCUGUUCAGGGAGCUACCAAAGGAGCAAUUAAUCAACUUACUAAAACUUUGGCUUGUGAGUGGGCGAAAGACAAUAUAAGAAGUAAUGCAGUUGCACCUUGGUACAUCAGAACCUCAAUGGUGGAGCACGUAACUCCAGAUUGUUAUGUGACCAUUAAUCGUGUGCAACACCAUGUUGGCAAGGGCCGUUGCCUUAAUUUCUCCAUGGAAGUUAUCCCCCACACUCCCACAGCCAUCACCGACUCAAACACCCCCCCUAACUAUAAUCAUUUAAGGGGAGUAAAAUAUAAUUAAAAAGAAGCAUUUCUUAUUAGAUUUGCUGCCUAGGCUCUACUGUGUUAAAGUUAUAGGUUACCAAACAGAAAUUGCACCGUUAGUCUCCACAUUUUAAAAUUAUGUUCAAUACUUAAGCUUCUCUGUCAUCAUAUGCACAACAUCUGCACCUUAGUAAGUUCAAAGUUUAAAACACUAGUACUUGCACUAAUUGAUGUCUGGAACUUUAAAGGCUCAAGUCCAGUUUAGUAAAACAAUCAAAGUUAACCUUGAGUCUUUUUUUG